AUGGCACAGAGACAUUUGGAGAAGUCGAAAUUCUACCAUGGACUGGUGGACAUGGGAAGCAAUGGCAUUCGGUUCUCAAUAACGGAUCUUUCGCCUGCUACACAACGUAUCCUGCCCACUGUCUAUCUUGACCGUGCGGCCAUCUCGCUCUACGAUGCGCAGUAUGAAGACGGCCGAGCUGUGCCUAUCCCCGAGCAUACCAUCAAGCAAGUGGUCAAGUCACUCUUGCGGUUCAAGUCCACAUGUCAGGACUUCAGUGUGCCUGAGGAUCAGAUCCGCAUAGUCGCGACUGAGGCGACGCGUAAGGCACUCAAUUCCGAGGCCUAUCGAGCUGCGAUCAAAGAAGCCACAGGAUGGACUGUGGAGCUUCUGCCGAAAGAGAUGGAAGGCAAGGUUGGAGCAUUGGGCGUAGCCAGCUCCUACGAGAAGGUCCGGGGUCUCAUGAUGGAUCUCGGAGGUGGAAGCACGCAGCUUACCUGGAUCAUGACGGAGCAGGGCGAUAUCAAGAUGAGCCCAGCGGGCAGCGUAAGCCUUCCCUAUGGUGCUGCAGCUCUCAUGCAGCGGCUGGAAGCUGCAGGAAAACGAAAGAGCAAGGAGUAUCAGGCUUUUGCCAAGGAAGUGAUUGGCGAUUUGAAAGCGGCUGUGCAGGAUAUCGCCAUUCCUCCAGAGCUUCUCCAAUCUCGGGAAGGUCUUCACCUCUACCUCUCAGGAGGCGGGUUCCGUGGGUGGGGGUUUGUGCUCAUGUCGGAACAUGCCGUCAAGCCCUAUCCCAUCCCCAUCAUCAACGGGUUCCGCACGUCUACUGAUGCGUUCCUCGAUACCAUGUCGGUCAAAGCCGCCGUAAGGCAGGACGAGACCCCAGAGAUCUUCCGAGUCUCAGCACGACGAGCCAGCCAAGUCCCCGCGGUCGCAUUCCUAGUAGAGUGCCUCUCACAAGCACUGCCCACUCUCAACAGCGUCUACUUCUGCCAAGGCGGAGUGCGGGAGGGCAUGCACUUUGCAGAGAUGUCACGGGAGUACCGAGCAGAGAGCCCUAUGGUGACUGCAACGGGCCCAUACGCACCGCCGUCGAUGCAACAGCUCGUAGACCUCCUCUUCUCUGCCAUGCCUGCCCCUUCACCUGGCCACCAGACUCUCUUCAGCAGGCCUCUCGUUACAGCGUUCGUCCAAGGCGUGUUCGCUCACAUGGCACAAGUCAAAGACUUGCGCGGGGGGUCCGCUCUGCGAAGCACCACGACAGGGCUGUUCUCGACCGCCCACGGCGCGAGCCACGAGGAGCGCGCACUCGUUGCCAUUCUGCUCUGCGAGCGGUACGGCGGGUACGGAUCGAUUAGCCCGACCGAGCAGGACUUUUACAAGCGCAUGGUGCGCCUGCUCCCGGAGGGUAUGGAGUGGUGGUGCAUGUACCUUGGCCGCGUGGCUGCUGUCAUGGCUGCGGUGUAUCCCGCCGGGGCUGUCAGGGAGCCGCGUGUGGGUAUCAGAACGCAGUGGACGGUCACGAAGAAGGGCAAGGAGAAGCUGUGCAUCGACUUUGACUUUCAGAAGGAGAUGGACGAGCUGGACGAAGGACUGGAUGCAGCGUUGAGGAAAGUUGGCAAGGCAGGUAAGAAGAAGAACUGGGUGAGUGGGGAGGGGCACAAGGUUUUGUUGACUGUGAAUGGGAGGGAGUACGAUGGCGACGAGAGUGGGACGGGGAGUGUGUAG